CUUGAAGUAAUGCGUUUUCUCCAGGCUAUCCUGCUAUUACCGCUGAUCCUGGCCAAUGUCGGAAUUGAGGCUGCAAGCAAGUGGGAUUCAACUGCCUCCUACUUGCAUGCCCAGCCGCCGGUGGCAACGUUGAACAGCAAUGGCAUGCGGAUGACCAAGGGCGGCCAAGCUCGUUCCUGGGUGCUGAGGAUCAUGAAUGGCAAUGCGUUCGCCUGCGGAGCUUCCUACUUCAGUGCUCUGUACGCAGUGACCUCGGCCAACUGCCUGCACAGCCAUAGGUCACAGCUGAAAGCCCUUAGUGUGGAGUUCCUCGAUGGCCGACAGGACGUUGGUCAGGAUUCCUUCGCCCUCAUCCACACCGUUUUCGUGUCGAAGGAGUGGCGCUUUCCCGAUACGUAUAUGGAUGUGGCGGUGGUCAAGUUGAGCAACCGCCUGCGUGGCAAUCACGCCAAGUUCGUGAAGCUCAGCACCAAACCGCUGAUACCCAACAACAUCCUCUCUGUGGUGGCCUGCGGAUCGGCUGAGAAUGUACGCACCGAGGCGAUCACCGUGCUCAACCGAAUGGACUGCGACUCGCAGUACGGCAGCUUUAUCCUGGGCGAAACCGUCGCCUGUGCCAAGGAAUUCAAAAGGACUUCGGCCAGCAUGUUCAAUCCCGGUUGUCCGGUGACUUCCGGCGAUCAGCUCUUUGGCAUCGUAGCUUGGGGUCCUGGAUGCAAAACCCCCGGAAUGCCAGGAAUCUUCACCGAUGUUCACCAAGUCCAUCGCUUUAUCCAGAGGGCAAUCAGUGGCAAGGGCAGGACCAGUCAGCAUCGCAAGUCCGAGCAAGACUCAGACAUCGUUCCCGAUUGGCAUUCUGGAUUCUGGUUGAGUCGUUGAGGCGCCGUUUGGUCUUUUUUUUUAAAUUUGACACGCUGAGUGAGAUAUGAAAAAUAAAUAAAAAAA